CUGGCCAUGUAGUUUGGUCGAGUUAGACUGUCAAGUUAUUCUUUAGAUGUCUCUACAGCUCUUACUACGAUUCAGCAUAUGCAUUAAUUGGAAUAAAUUUGUUUAUGUUUUAUAAAUGAUGACUUGUUUAACAUGAUCAUAUAAAACAAGUUAUGGAGAAUUCUAUGACAGACGGUAGUAUUAGUAAUUUUCUUCCGCAAUCAUAUUCCCUGGGUAUUGAAAAUAUUACAGGAACCAAAGACUAUAUCGUUCAUUUUCAAAUACCUAAGGAAGUCUUGGAGAACCGGAUAAAAACUUGGGACAACUUAUUUGAUAAAUAUUUAGAAAAGAUGUCAGAUGAUAUAGAAUUAAAUCUUGAGACUUUGGAGCCUGAAGAGGAAGAAUUUAGUGAUGAAGAUUAUAGUUGUGGAGUACCUAUAUGCAAAUCAGCAACAUUGAUUCAGUAUUGGAUAAAUACUGGCAAUACAGGUUAUAGUGCACUUUUUAAAAAGAACGAAUCGUCUGAAUCUGAUUCAUUUGUAUUAUCUCUAAGUGAAGAAGAAAUUGAUUCGCCAAUAUAUUCUUCAUUUUUAUCUAAGGUAAAUGAAAAUGAUAGCCACAAUCAUAAGAAUGACACAUCUUUUAGUUCUGUUGACACAGCAACUUAUAUUUUAUCAAAUACAAAUAUUACAAAGAAAGCAGAUGCUAUGGCCAUUAUGGAGGGUGCAAAAUCCAAUAGUGUUAAAUCUUCAAAAAAUUAUUGUUUUGAAGAUGCAACGGCUAUAUAUAGUGAUAAGACAAAAAAAAACGAAGGAAACGAGGAAAAAAUGGAGAAAACAGCAGCAACUGACAGUGUAACAUGUAACAAGAAUAGUAGUGAUGUUUCGCAUAACACUUCAUAUUCUAUCUCACAGGAAAAGGUGGCACUAAAAAUCAAUAAUGAGCUAGGCACUAGUAAGGUAAUAUCUAUCAAUACAAUACAGCCUGAUAUGUCCUCACUGAACUCACAGAGUUUACUUUGUGAUAUAGUAGACAAGACAGAUGUAUUAGAAACUAGUCAAAAUAGUCCAAAUUCACAUAAAAUGAAAAACAUUGUAUCUAUUAUGCAACAUUUUAACAAAGUAUCAAAACAAUGCUCUAUAGGUGAUAAAAAUCAUAACACUUUAGAUGAAAGUAAAGUGUUAAAAAAACAUAGUAUUGACAGUAAACAAGUGUCAGCAAGUAUGGCGAAAAAAAAAGUUAAAGAUCAUUCGAUAUCGUUCCAUCGUAAGAAAUUGUAUACUGGUAGGAAUUCUCCUGUAGAUUUAGCAGUUACCAUUACAUGUAAUACUGAUCUAAAACAAUCUAAAUCACCUAACAUAAAAUUGAGCACAAAUUCACAUCCUGCUUUAGAUCCUGAUAAUUUGUCUAAAAAAAUGUCUUUAAUUUACAAAAACAAACAUUCGUUUCCUUCCAGUACAAAGAUUCUUAGUCCUAAGAAUGUUCGAACUAAAAAAAGAGGGAAGAAGAAACCUUAUUCUGUUUCUAAUAAAAAUAUUGCCAGUGAAAGAACAGAUGUAACAAAUGAUAACAGAAUUCUAGAUUCUACUGUUGAUAACUCCUCAAAAAAUUUAUCGGUUUCCUCCAGUAAUGAAGACAAAAGAAACGAUGAUAAUUUAAUCAGAGAUUGCAACGAUAUUAACAUGUCAAAGGAAAACAUAACACAAAGAUGUGAUUUGACUUCUGAUGAGAAUCAGGUAGUUUUAUUGGAACAGGCAUCUCUCAAAAAACAUAAAGCAAAAUCUGAUGAAAAUGAAAAUAUUACGCAAGACAAUAACGUGCGCAAGGACUCAGUUGCAUCAACACUAGACGCCUGCGACGUUGAAAAUCUGGGAUUGACAUCGUCAGAUAGUAACCAAAGUACUAUUUUGGUUUACAAAUGCAAUAAUAUUGCAUCGCAAGAUUUGUUAUCUACAAGCAGUUCUCUUUAUCUAAAACAAAAUUCUAUAGAGUGCAACUUGUCUGUUAUGAAUUCAGAACAAAUAAAUAGUGAACCGACGAAUUUGAAAAAUGCCUAUAUAAAUCAAAUAAAAGAAUCAUUCGUAAGAUUAACACGAUUACCGCAAUCGGUACACGAAAAUGAUAUCAAUACAAGUCAAGUUUUGAAUAUGAACGACGAUCUUCCUGUCUGCCCGGAAAAACCAUGUAGGUCUAAGAUGGAUUCUUCCAAUUCACAUGGAACAAAUAUUAAGAAUGACGUGAAACUCCGAGAAGUUAGAGUUGUAUUGCAACGAUUACCAGUUGAUACGUAUUUUAAAGGUAGCAGCAGUACUACAAAUAUAAGUUCUCCUGCUGAUAAAGAUAAAGUUUCACGAAAUGCAAAUACAGGUAAAAAUAAAAGAAAAACUCUUUUAAAAAAAACGAUUAGAAGAUCGAAUGGCAAAAAGGAAAAGACAUCUGCUCGAACAAUUCAUAAAAUCAACAAUAGUUAUUCGUUAAGAGUACGUAGAGAAUCCAAGAAAGAUGACGAUGAAAUAAACAACACAUCCAACAACGUUGCCAAGCGUAAUGACGAAGUUUUCAAUGCAACAAAAUCAAACUUUAUAUCUCCAUAUCAAAAUCACAAUAGUCGAGUAAGCCAAAACAGGUGUAGAAAAUUCUCAGUUUUAGGUUUCAUCUCAUCCUCAGAUGAAGAUGAUUUGGCUCAAUUGAUACGACCUCCCACAAAAAGAUUGAAAACAUUGAUAGACGACAAGACAAGCAAAACUCGUACUACAAACAAAGAUAUAUAUGACGAGACUAAAUUAGUUAGUACGAAUAAAGAUAAAUACGAUUCUAAAAACAUAAAUAUGAGAAUCUAUUCUUCAAAGCAGGAUAAUUUAAGAAAGAUCAAUAAAUGGACAAGAGAGAAAAAUAGACGAGGUAUGGUCGGAACAAAAUCUGGCAGUGAUACGUUAAAUGACUCCUUUCGUAUAUAUAAAUAUAAAUCCUCGUUCUUCCCACGCAGAAAUGAUCACAGCGAUAGUGCUACGAAGGAUUCAAAUAUAUCGCAAAAUAAAUAUUUAUUUCCUACCAGUAAAAAUAUAAGUAAUAAUAAUGAGAAAUAUAUAAAUGAAAGGAUGGAGGAGAAUAGGAUAAGCCAUAAGAAAGACACUUGUGUCACACUUUACCAAACUAAAACAUUCAAUAGAGAUUCCUCUACAGAUUCCUCCGAUUUGGAUAGAUAUAACAACGACACAUUUAUCUAUAAGUCACCAAAAACUGCUUCCGUAUAUAAUAAUGCGCGAGAUAAUGGUCAUACUAACAAGGAACACUGCAAUAAUCCCUAUGCAAAGAUAUAUACCAAUAAACGACCAAUAUACCAAGACGAAUAUACUGAGAAAUAUGUUGCAAGCAAGAUGCAAAAUUUGAAAAAUAAAUCGAGAUUAACAACUGGCACGGCAGCUAAAACAAGCGAAUCAUUUGACAAAAGUUUUAAUAAUAACAUAAAUUUGCGUAUUACAACGGAAACUACGCCUUAUGUUUCUUUCAUAAGUAAUGCACGAGAUUCAGCUAUGCAAAGAGAUAACACGAUUUUAAAUACUUCCCAUCAGUAUAAUGAUCUUAAUAAAUUACAGCAAGAUAGACAGAUGUCAAAGAAAUUUGAUUUGAUGAAUUUUCAAGAUAAUCAGCAACGCAAUAUUACAUUUAACAUAACAAAUUGUUUGACAUUUCAGACAAAAAAUUAUUAUUCGGAUUCAGAUUCGGAUUCGAAUUAUGGAAACUUCUCUAAAAAUUCAUAAUAUACAUAACAUUCUUCAUAUAUGUUUGUUUACAAUUUGUAGAGAUAUAAAUUCAAUAUCUUUAACGUUUAAACAAUUAGCAAUAUGCUAGUAGAUUGAUAAUAGAUUCGAUCAGGAUAUCGUGAUAAAUCCAACUGCGUUCGCUUUAUAUCGGCAGAUUAUCGGCAGAAAAAUAAUAGAUAAUUUAUCGUGUAUUUUAUUUAUAUCAUAUACUAUAUAUUAUAUUUGGAUUGAAUUUAUACAAUUUUUAAAAUUCUGUUGCCAAUCUGCUACUAUAUUUUGCAAUGCGGAGCCUAUAUUAUAUUAUUAUUAUAUUAUUAUAGUAUAUUUCCACCGGUAAACUACUAACAAAAUUUAGACUGAGUUCUUUGUAAAAUUUUCCUUAAUAUUUAACCGUCUGAUGCUAUAUGCCGACCAUAACAUGUCCUAAAUGAUGAAAAUGUAUUGCGUGUAUACUGAAUUAAGCGUACUAAAUUUAAGAUGGACUUAUUGAUAAUAAUAUGAUAAUAAAAUUAACAGUACAUCGUUUGUAUAAUGCUGAUGGCUAGUCAAUCAUGAUUGCGUUUUACAAGAAUUAAAAGAUAAUAUACGAACAAAAUUCAAUUAAUAAAAAAUAAAUGGAAAUUCUUUUCGUGAGCAUAAAGAGAAAAAAAUUAAAUGAAAGUUUUUUGAAAAAAGUAUCAAGUAUUAUAUAAACGAUAUACUUCUUAUUUAUUGAUUGCAUUAUUUUUUGAUUAUUUGUAGAUUGCAUUUAAAAAUUAAAUGGCGCAUAAUUAUAACAUUAUUCUUAAAUAAGGCAAAUUCACAUGUAUAAAGACUAAUAAGAGAGGGAAAGAAAGAAAGAGAAAAGGGAUUUCGCAUAAUAUUAUUGUACCAUCAAGUUUUAAUACGCAAUUGAUCCCCGAAAAAUGAUCUUCCUAAAUGAUUAAUUAUUUUAAUACAAAUUCUUCGUAUUUUUAUUCUUUUAAGUUUUCAAACUUUAUACGAAAUAU